AUGAGAGAGAUCAAAAAGAAGGCUUAUUUAAAGCGCAAAUAUAACAAGACAGGUUCAGAUACAAACCCUUACACCAAGGCACAUUACUUGCUCAUAGGAAAGGGAAUUACUAUAGAAGAGAUCCAGAACGAAUUGGACUCCAUUGAUUUCCAUCAAUUGGACUCCACUGGCAUAGUUCCUGGUAAUCAGGUCAUAUCUGUUGGUAGCAGUGUUGGAGAAAUAGAAGACUACAUAACAGCCCAGAAGCAUGAGAACAUUUUGACUGCCAUAGAGCAAAAUUUAUUGACCUCAGCUAGAGAUUUCGACCAGUAUGUGAGUCAGAGCAUCUCUUUGGAUUGGAAAAAGCAUAAUAAGGAUACAAGAGCCACGCUUGCGAGUAUUUUGAAGCGCGAACAGUCUGAUUCGGUGCCAUCUUCUCCUGAAAAGAGGCACAAACAAUUGCUGGGAGAGCCACAACAGCAACGGAAGCAACAGCAAAAGGCACUUUCUUGGAGCUCGAAGCCUUCCAGAGAUAUCCUUUCGCCAAGAUUUAAGUUUGAAGACGUUCAGCCGUCGGAUAACGUUGAUUCUGUGGUGAAUCCAAAUGCUUCGUAUGCGCUUAGACGUAAGUUCGAGUUAUAUGCUCAGGUUAUUUACGAAUUGAAUGAUGCCAGACAGAAACAUCGAUGGUAUCAACUCUGUACCGUGUUUGCAGACUUGUCUAAGAGGGAGAUGACCACCAGAUCUAAGCAGUUGCAUGAAGGAUGGUUGAUUUUGAGAGACUUUUGCGAGAACGAGGAAGAAAAUGGAUCCUCAAUGAAGACCCAAGAGCGUAAAUUUGCUGUCGGUCAUUGCAGUUCGUCUUUGAGUGAGUCAGAUGCCAUUGUUCUUCAUAAACAAAUCAUCGCCAAGAGCCGGAACUACUUAGAGUCCCAGUUUCUUGAUCACGCUAAUGAGUUGUACUUGAAAGUGAACAGUAAUCCAUCUGAUUUUGGUUCCUCCGGAUUAGUAAGCAAUGUGACUAAAGUACAGAAAUUUCUCGAGCUCACGAUGAAGAACAAGUCGGGCAAUAGCUGGAAAGUUCCAAAUCUCACGUUUGUUAACAGCGUUCCUAUUUGGGCUACUCUUUUCUAUCUUUUAAGAGCAGGAUGUUAUACAGAUGCAGUCAAUUUGGUUUCGGACUACGAUGAUUCUUUCCAGAAGUUAGAGAGAGCUUUCCCAUUAUAUUUGAAGGCCUACUGUGAGAGUAUUGAUCAUAAAUUACCAGUUGAAUUACAAGGAAGAUUGACUAACGAGUUCAACCAGUAUUUUAAGCAUACGAGCAAAGAGGUUGAUCCUUACAGAUAUGCCGUUUACAAAGUGCUUGGUAGAUGUGAUCUCUCCAGAAAAGACUUACCAUCUAUUACGCUCAGUAUAGAAGACUGGCUCUGGUUUCAUUUGUGUUUGAUUUAUGAGGAAGAUGUUGAGGCCAGCAAUGAUGAUAGCAGUGUUCAAGAGAGAUACACAUUAAAUGAUUUGCAGAAGUCUGUCCUUGAAUAUGGUUCUGAUGCAUUCAAUGGGUCUAGUAAUAAUCCGAUGUAUUUGCAGGCAUUGCUAUUUGUCGGAUUAUAUGAAGUAGCCGUUCAAUACUUAUUUGGCCUUAGCGAGAUCGAUUCUGUUCACUUAGCUAUUACUCUUGCGUACUACGGUCUCCUUCGAGUUCCUUUGAUGGACUCCGAUAAGUUACUUAAUGAGGAUGAAAAAGGAUUCCAAUCUAUUAAUUAUGCCAGACAAUUGGGAUAUUAUACAAGAACAUUCAAGAAUUCUGAUCCAAGGGUUGCAGCUGAGUAUCUCUUUGAAAUAUGCCUCUGCGAUGGACUUGAUGAUGAUCUUAAGAAGAAACAGAUAGAAUUGGGUCAAAGAGCCGUUAGAGAAUUGGUCUUAGAUACAAGAGAAUUUGUUAUGCUUCUUGGAAGGAUCAAUAAAGAUGGCUCACGUAUUCCUGGAAUCAUUGAGCAACGCAAGAAGUUACUCCAUCUCGAUGAUGAGGACAGCUAUCUUCAUAAGAUUGCAGAGAAGGCAGCACAUAAGGCCGAAGAAGAGGGACGUCCUUACGACUGUAUUUUGCUUUACCAGUUAAGCGAAGAAUAUGAUACUGUUCUCGGUAUGGUGAACCGGUUAUUGGGUGAUUUCAUGGUUUCCGUGGACUUUAGAACUCCUUUGGAUGAUAUAAUCAGCGGGGAAUUAAUUAAGGGUGAAACCAAUAUAGUGAAGAUGGCUAGAAGAUUGAUGAAGACAUACAAUGCAUCACCAGAGAUUCUUUCCAAGACAUCUGCGAAACGCAGAGAAACCUGCUCGAGACUACUAGAACUCAUUAGUAUCUCUACAGAUUUCACAUCAAGUCAUCCGGAUCUUGUGGACAUCCUUCAGAGGAUCAAGAAACUGGAUUUGAUUCCAUGUGGAGCUUCGAUCGAACUUGAUAAAAUACGCGCACGUGCUCAAGAGUUCAGCACGUUAGAUGAGUCCCUCGCUAAGAACAUUCCUAACGUGCUUAUCAUUGAAAUGAGCUGUAUAUCGCAGCUUGUCUACGAAUUGCAGAGUGGUUACGAGGUUCCAGCCGGUAAAUCUUCGUCAAAAGAGUACAGACUGACGGAUAUGAAGCAGAUGUCACGCAACUGCAUGGUUUAUGCCGGUAUGGUUCAAUAUAAAAUGCCUAGAGAAGUAUACAGGACUCUCGUUAACCUCGAGGUCGACCUAUGA